AUGAUACCAUCAGUUGGAAAAGCUCUGGCAGAAAAGGCGGCAGGAAAGAUGGCAGAGUUGGUGGUAGAAAAUUGCAUGGGAAGGAGUCACAUGGAUAACGUGCAAUUGCUGAAAAGGAAUUGGCAAGAAUUGAGUUGCAAAGCAUCUGACGUAGAACAAGAAGUGAAUAGGGAAGAAAUGUCAGGUAAAAAGAAAAGGAAAAGUGAAAUUGACAAUUGGCUGAAGGACGUUAAAAAGUUAAGUCCUGAAAUUGAUGCAUUGGAAACAAGAGGAUCAUCUUGGAGGCUUCCACUAAAGGAGGAUCCUGUAGGAAAGCUGCAACUUCAGGUGAAAGAACUUAUUGAUCAGAGCCGUCAUUUCAGUGGGUUUGUGCUCGAUACCUGCGACAACAUCGGGGAGCCAUGCCUGCCAACCAAAUUGUUUGGAGUAAAGUUCGAUGAAGCUUUGAAGAGAAUUUGGCCAUGCUUGGUGACCGAUGACAUAUCAAGCAUUGGGAUUUAUGGUAUGGGUGGAGUUGGUAAGACCACACUGGCGAGGCACAUUGAGUACCAUCUUUUAGAAAAGAACAAUUAUCGGGUGCUUUGGGUUACAGUAUCUCAAGAUUUCAGUAUCACCAGUUUGCAGGAUAAGAUUGCCAAUGUCUUGGGCAUUCCUCUAUCAAAUGGGGAUGAGGAAAACGCCAGGGCAAGAAUAUUGCGUGGGGCAUUCAGCAAAAUGGAGAGAUUAGUAGUGCUCAUAUUGGAUGAUGUUUGGGAAGAAUUUUGUUUGGACAGCGUAGGGAUUCCUCUUCAUCCAAACAAGUGCAGAUUGAUUUUGACUACACGCUCACGGGAAGUGUGUGACCGGAUACAAUGUCAAAGAAAAUUUGAUUUGCAAACUUUGGACAGAGAUGAAGCUUGGGAUUUGUUCAAGUACAAACUAGGUAGCGAGACCUUGCUUCAAGGAGAUUUGGAAAAUAUUGCCAAGUCCAUUGUGGAAGAGUGCGGUGGUUUGCCUCUUGGUAUCAUCACAGUGGCUGGAAGCAUGAGAGGUGUGAGCGAUAUUUGUGAGUGGAGAAAUGCAUUGGAACAUUUGAAAACAUGUUCAAUAGGGUAUGAUGAGAUGGAACGAGAUGUGUUUCCCAUCUUGGAAUGGAGUUUCAAACGCUUGAAUGAAUGUCCAAGGCAUUGUUUCUUGUAUUGCUGUCUUUAUCCAGAAGAUAGUGAUAUAAAAAGAAAGGAACUAAUAGACCUCUUUAUUAGGGCAGAGCUGAUGCCAGAACGAAACUCAAGGUCAGAAGAAUUUGAUCAAGGUCACACAAUAUUAAACAAGCUGGUAAAAGUUUGUUUGCUAGAAGAAAGUACAGAUCCCGAAGGGGAUGACUGUGUGAAGAUGCAUGAUUUGAUCAGAGAUAUGGCAUUAAGGAUCACGAAUGGAAACUCCAAACUAAAGGUGAGCAGAGAAGAUGUACCACAAUUCUUGGUGAAAAGCUUAGGACGGAGUGAUUCAAAAGUAACGCUGGAACAAAAAGAAUGGACAGAAGAUCUCCAUGCAGUCUCCUUUCAUUCAGUUUCAUAUGACGGUGCAAAAAUAGAAGUUCCACCAGCCUGGUCACCAAAUUGUCCUAAGCUCUCAACCUUGCUUCUUUCUCAUGUUUCCAUAGAAGAAAUCCCAGAUUCAUUCUUUCAGCACAUGUGUGGACUUAAAGUUUUGAAUCUAAAUUGCUGCAAAGGUAUAACAGAGUUGCCUAAUUCCAUUUCAAACAUGGUGAAUCUCACGGCUUUGAUUUUGGGGGGUUGUGAAGGCCUCCAAUCUGUGCCACCGCUGGAAAAGCUCAAGCAGUUAAGGGAAUUGGACCUAUCCUCCACUCAGAUUCAAGAUUUACCUCAAGGUUGGGAGUCACUAGUUAACUUCGAAAGGCUUAACUUUUAUCAGUGUCUGACUUUAAGACGAAAGAUAAUACCAAAAGGAACAUUUUCCCAAUUUCACCGUCUUCAACUGCUAUUAUUGCCACCCUAUGGUACAAUACAAGUUAAUGAUCCAGAUGUGUUAAACCAAUUAGAAAUUUUUAUAGGAUGUUUGUCUUUUAUGGACUUCUAUAAAAUUACUCGGUGGCCAAAAUACUAUAAUAUUUAUAUCAAUGACACCUUAACUGAGGAUCAGUGUUAUGAUAUUGAUGAUUGUGGGGAUCAGAAACAACUGUAUUUCCAUCAGUGUCAGUUUGGUAUAGGAUCGAACGAUCUGCCAGAUGAUAUGAAACAUCUGCUAAUUGAGGAAUGUGAGGGCAUGGGCAUUAGGUGCUUGUCAGAUGUUUUUAAGAAUUUUAUAAAUUUAAGCAACUUAUCUAGAUUGUAUAUUGCGGAUUUGGUUGGAAUAGAGUUCCUCUGGCAAUUAUCCUCUGCUUCUCCACGUGAUCAGUUGGAAGUCUCAUCUUUUAGUCCACUAUGUGGUCUCGAAGAGCUGCGCCUCUGGUGGUUGCCAAAUCUAGUUGGUCUUUUUUACGGAGAAUCAGAACCAUUGCUUCCUGUUGGCACCUUUUCUUCCCUCAAAGAAUUGAGGAUUUCUGGAUGUCACAACAUGAAGCAGCUAUUCACAGUGCAGUUGCUGCAGAGCCUUCAAAAUCUUGAAGAAUUAGAAGUUAAAGAUUGUGAAGGACUAGAGGAGAUAGCAGUAGAUGGUAAUGGAGUAGGACAAGGAGGACAAGAAGGCAUCCAAUUGACUUCAAGUGAAGCCACCGCCGAUGUCAUCCUUCCAGAAUUAAAGUUGUUGAUUCUGUAUUGGUUGCCACGACUGAAUAACAUUUUCAGGGCAGCCAUGAUCUGCGAUUCAAUCGUGUCCAUUAAAAUGCUAGAUUGUCCAAAUUUAAAGAGGUUGCCUUCGUUUCUUUCCACCAUCGACGGACCACCAUCUCCUCGCAGUACUCUAGAGAUCAGAGGAGAAAAAAAAUGGUGGGAAUCAUUAGAGUGGGACAGUCCCUACCUAAAAAGUGCCUUUGACCCACUCUUUAGAGCAUGGCGAUGA